AAAGCAUCGAUUCAGAUUGUUUUCUUGGCAUCAGAAUGAGAAGCGGUGUUUUGGCUACUGUGAGAUGCUUUUAAAAGAUACGCGUCUAUGAGUGACACGCUCGCAAAUUCCCAAAUACGUUCCUGUUCCUUUAAAGUGCUCUGACUCCAGCAAGUAGCAAUUCUGAGCGCUCUCUCCAGUUCGAGCUUUCCCUUACCGAUCGCAAGGUGCGACUCCUCGUUUUGCGCCUUAACGUGAUUGCCUGCUCGCCAAGCCGUCGUUAUUGUACCAUUGGUCGCCGCUGGCUAAACCUGCCCGGCGAUUGGAAGGCAUAGGCGUUGUGUAAAAGCAAAGCCGGCGGUUAAUAUUCCGGACAACGCUUCCUUAUCAUUAUCAACACGGUGGAGGGAGAGAGGGGAAGAAGCGGAAAGCAACUGCAUGAAAGAGCGAAGCUGCGUGUGCAUCCCACCCAGCGACCGGAGAGCGAGUAAGGGAAAGCGCCAGGUGCACGGACAAUACACAACAGUUGCAGAGCGAAAAUGAUUAAGCUAUCCAAAGCCAAGGUCCCGACGUACAGGUGAAAACAAUUGACAGAGGGAAAAGUCAGCCAGUUAGACGUUCAAAAACCUGUCAAAGGUGCUGUACUGAGUUGAAGCGAGAGGUUUUCAUCAAUCUAUAUUAGUAUUAAUAUCUGGUAUCGGAAAAAAAAAACUGCACAAAGGUUGCGGGUUGUCAGAGCGUGAACUUCGUGGGAAAAAUGUCCAGGAAGAAGACGGUAAAGGGCAAGGGCAGCACCAGCAGCCCGACAACGGCUUCCACAAACGGGAAAGAGGAAGGGAAAACUGGGAAAGGCAUCACCGGUACCGAGGCUCAGUCGAACGGGGUGGUCCUCCCCAGCCGACCCUCUCUGAGCAAUAGCAGCGAGUUUUACGACAUCGCUUUUAAGGUGAUGCUGGUGGGAGACUCUGGAGUUGGGAAGACCUGUCUGCUGGUGCGCUUCAAAGAUGGAGCCUUCCUGGCUGGGAGCUUCAUCUCCACCGUGGGCAUCGACUUCAGGAAUAAAGUGCUGAACAUUGAUGGGAUGAAAGUCAAACUCCAGAUUUGGGACACGGCCGGACAGGAGCGAUUCCGCAGCGUCACACACGCCUAUUACCGCGACGCCCAUGCUCUCCUGCUGCUCUACGACGUCACCAACAAAACGUCCUUCGACAACAUCCAGGCCUGGCUGACAGAGAUCCAUGAGUAUGCCCAGCAGGAUGUGGUGCUGAUGUUGCUGGGCAACAAGGCUGAUGCCACACAGGAGCGGGUGGUGAAGAGGGAGGAGGGCGAGAGGUUGGCUAAGGACUUUGGGGUGCCCUUCAUGGAGACCAGCGCCAAGUCUGGCCUCAACGUGGAGCUGGCUUUCACCGCCGUGGCCAAAGAGCUGAAACACAGGGCCAUGAAGGAGUCCAGUGAUUCCAAGUUCAAGCUCCAGGACUACGUCAACAAGGAGAUGAAGGGUGCUGGUUGCUGCAGGUCCUAAACCUGCACUGAGCACAUACCGAGUGUGUGUGUGUGUGUGUGUGUGUGUGUGUGUGUGUGUGUGUGUGU